UUCACAUUCCCCUUGCUCCACUCACUCUCUCUCUCUCUCUCUCUCUCUCUCUCUCUAUAUAUAUAUAUAACAUUCUGAGAUCAAGUUUCUCUGAAUUCAGAUCAUACAUGAUUGACACCAUGAUCGGAACACUAGACUCAUCCAAGUCUGACAACGGCAAAGUCGCAACCGUCCACGACUCUCACCAUCCCUCCUCCUUCACGGCCUCCCCUGACUACACCCUCGGCCGCCACCUCGCCCACCGCCUCGUUCAGAUCGGCAUCAGCGACGUCUUCUCCGUCCCCGGCGACUUCAACCUCACUCUCCUCGACCAUCUCAUUGCCGAGCCUGGCCUCACCAACGUCGGCUGCUGCAACGAGCUCAACGCCGGCUACGCCGCCGACGGCUAUGCUCGCUCUCGCGGCGUCGGCGCCUGUGUCGUCACUUUCACGGUUGGCGGACUGAGCGUGAUCAACGCCAUUGCUGGUGCGUAUAGUGAGAAUCUUCCUGUGAUUUGCAUUGUUGGGGGUCCGAAUACGAAUGAUUAUGGGACGAAUCGGAUUUUGCACCACACGAUUGGAUUGGCGGAUUUUAGUCAGGAACUCCGAUGCUUUCAGACUGUUACGUGUUAUCAGGCUGUUGUAAAUAAUUUGGAAGAUGCACAUGAACAAAUUGAUACAGCCAUCUCUACAGCAUUGAAAGAAAGCAAGCCUGUCUAUAUAAGCAUUAGUUGCAAUUUGCCUGGCAUCUCUCACCCAACUUUUAGCAGAGAGCCCAUUCCAUUUGCAAUCUCGCCCCGAUUGAGUAAUAAGAGAGGGCUUGAAGCUGCUGUGGAUGCAGCCGCGGCCUUUUUGAACAAGGCAGUGAAGCCAGUCAUGGUGGGAGGGCCUAAACUCCGAGUUGCAAAAGCCUGUGAUGCGUUUGUUGAACUUGCAGAUGCUAGUGGUUAUGCUCUUUCUGCUAUGCCAUCGGCCAAAGGACUCGUGCCAGAGCAGCACCCUCACUUCAUUGGGACGUACUGGGGUGCCGUGAGCACUGCCUUUUGUGCAGAGAUUGUGGAAUCAGCCGAUGCUUACUUGUUUGUUGGACCCAUUUUUAAUGACUAUAGCUCAGUUGGGUACUCACUCCUUCUCAAGAAAGAGAAGGUGAUAAUCGUGCAGCCUGAUCGUGUGGUGGUUGCUAAUGGGCCUGCUUUCGGAUGUGUUUUAAUGAAGGACUUUCUAAGUGCACUUGCAAAAAAGAUUGCUCGCAACAAUACUGCUUAUGAAAACUAUCAUCGCAUCUAUGUUUCUGAAGGAGUUCCUUUGAAAUGUGAACCUGGUGAGCCUUUGAGGGUUAAUGUUCUCUUCCAGCAUAUACAGAAGAUGCUUUCGCAAGACACGGCUGUGAUUGCCGAGACAGGGGAUUCUUGGUUUAACUGUCAAAAGCUAAAAUUACCAGAAGGAUGUGGUUGGUGUUGCAGGUAUGAAUUCCAAAUGCAGUAUGGUUCAAUUGGGUGGUCUGUUGGUGCAACACUAGGCUACGCCCAGGCUGUACCGGAUAAGCGAGUGAUUGCUUGCAUUGGUGAUGGGAGCUUCCAAGUGACUGCACAAGAUGUGUCAACUAUGAUUCGUUGCGAGCAAAAGACUAUCAUUUUCUUGAUAAACAAUGGAGGAUACACUAUUGAGGUUGAGAUACACGAUGGACCAUACAAUGUAAUCAAGAAUUGGAACUACACCGGGCUAAUCGAUGCUAUCCACAAUGGUGAAGGCAAUUGUUGGACAAUGAAGGUACGCUGCGAAGAGGAGCUUAUUGAAGCAAUUGCAAAGGCAACUGGGGAGAAGAGUGAUUGUAUGUGUUUCAUUGAAGUGAUCGUUCACAAGGAUGAUACGAGCAAAGAGCUACUCGAGUGGGGAUCAAGAGUCUCUUCUGCCAAUAGUCGCCUCCCCAAUCCUCAGUAACAAUCUAUAUAUCUUGAUCCAGAUUUGAAAUGAGGCUUCUUGGUUAGUUUUGGAUAAAUCUUUCUUGUUUUUUGAAGUUUAAUUAAUAAAUAAUUUGAGGCAUUUUUGGAUUAAUUAUUUAGCAUUUUUUGGGGCACUCGUGGUGAUUAAGAAUGAGCUUUAUAUAUGGACUUCGAUUUGAAUGCUUGGUAAUGGUUUAA